CCACUACGCUGCGAAGCCUCAGGACGGAUCAACAUAUCUUUACUCUUAAUUUCAUCGCCUUUUAACAACUCUGCUUUCUCACCGAUCUGCCUUCACAUCGCACACAGCACCAGGCGGUUUGUUUCGACAUGAAGCUGUGUCUUCUUCUUCUCCUGCUUUGUCUCUGCUGUCUGGGACUGACUCAGGAGCUCAGCACUGUCCCUCCUGAUGUCCCUGAGGGUGAAGAGAAGGAGACGGACGUAGAGCAGGUCAGCUGCACAGGAAGCCAGGCGUUCAGUCCUGAGAGCCGGAGGGCGAUAGGGGGCGCCAUCGAGCGACUGGGUCUGAAGAUACUGGAACAACUUCCUGUCGGCCCCCAGCAGCCGAACGUCAUCAUCUCCCCCCUCAGCCUCGCCCUGGCCCUCGCUCAGCUCACCUUAGGUGCUCGCAAUGAAACAGAGAAGCUGCUCCUGGAGAGCCUCCACGCCUCCGAGCUGCCGUGUUUCCAUCACACCCUGGGAGCCCUCAUUCCUCAUUUCAGGAACACGUCGCUGGAGGUGGCCGCUCGCAUGUACCUGAGACCAGGGUUUGAAGUGGAGCUGUCUUUUGUUGAGGACUCUCUGGCCAGGUACCAAUCGUCCCCGGUGCCCCUGGUCUCCGUGGAGGAGGUGAACCAAUGGGUGGAGAACGCCACCAAUGGUCAGAUCAACAACUUCAUGGAGAGUAUUCCCCACAGCGUGGUGCUCAUGCUCAUCAACGCUGUCUACUUCAAAGGUGCAUGGCAGACACAGUUUGACCCCCAGGUGACCUCUAAGGGAGCGUUUUACCUGGACAACAGCAACUCGGUGUUGGUGGACAUGAUGAAGUCUCCUCAGUACCCUCUGCGUCUGCUCAACGACCAACAGCUGGAGGCACAGGUUGCCAGUUUCCCCUUCAAAGGGAACACCAGCUUCCUGAUCGUCAUGCCUUUGUCUGGAAAAGGAAACGUGUCGUCACUGCUUCCCAAACUGAACAUCUCAGAUCUCUACAGACGGUUACCGCAGGAGAAAACCAUGCAGGUCAACCUGCCCAAACUCAAGCUGCAGUACCGGCAGGAGCUGCAGGAGGCGCUCACCAACAUGGGCCUCGGCUCUCUGUUCUCCGGUCCGAACCUCUCUGGGAUCACCUCGGACCCCCUGAGGGUGACGGGGGUCCGGCACGCCUCCACCCUGGAGCUCAGCGAGGAGGGCGUGGAGGCGUCAGCCACCACCGCCGUCACCACCAUGCGCUCCAUCUCCCUGUUCUCCGCCAACUCUCCGUUCUUCUUCGCCCUUGUGGACGACGCCUCGCUGACCCCCCUCUUCAUGGGCCUCGUCACAAACCCCGCCCCCGACCACAUGCUCAACGACGACCCCGGGCGAAACAACGGCACCGAGAGCGACCAGCCGGAGAUGGAGAAGUUAUCACCAGUAUGAAGAAUAAACUAUUAAAGGUCACCUAUUAUGCAAAACUAUUUUAUACAUAAACACGUGUCCCCUCUUCUCCAUGUCUCUUCUACAUCAACAUGUGUCCCCUCUUCUUCAUGUCUCUUCUACAUCAACAUGUGUCCCCUCUUCUUCAUGUCUCUUCUACAUCAACAUGUGUCCCCUCUUCUUCAUGUCUCUUCUACAUCAACAUGUGUCCCCUCUUCUUCAUGUCUCUUCUAC